AGCGUGUCUAGAGAAAGGAAAACGAAACUAUUCUGCCCUUUCGUGCUGUUUCUCGUGUUAAGAAACUGUAACUGCAGACUUUCUUUGCGUUUUUAAUAGGCUUAAUUCAUAAUUUCACAUUGUAACGUCUGGUAUAAGUAUCUUGAAUGGUAGGGCUACUGGGCUACUAGAUGUCCCUUUGAAAUUGAGAAGCGCUCGUGCGGUAUGUAAAAAAAUGUUUUUGGGGGGGAUGGUAAAAUACAUAGAAUUUUGAGAAAUAUAGCCAACUAGUUGAAUUACUUUUGUAUUUUGAUAGAACGUAACUGUUUAUCUCUAAAUUGUUUGAAGUGUAGUCAACUUCUGACCCCGGCAGCGCGCCCGCGGACCUCAAGAUAUCUGCCUUUCAAAGGUGACUGAAACCGACUCUCCUUUCUGCCGCCUUCAGGCCAGGUGGUGAGGUAGUAACUCUGUAUUUUAUCCCGCGAACUUUCAGGUGCUGACUGCCACUUUGCAAUCAUUGCCCACCCGGCUGUUCUGCCAGACUGUGUUGUUGCAUCAGUAUCCAACACAGAGACACAUCCUCCUAUCUGCUGCGUAACAGGCGGCCCUGGUCCCCCCUCAACCUGCCCCCUGCGCUAUGAGCAGAGGACGAGGAGGGCCCCCCAUAGAGCAUUACCACCGACCCCCUCUCCCCCAACUACAGGCUAAGCAACAAUACUACAGAGCUGGACCCCUGGGAUUUCACCCCAGAGCCUCCCCGCAACAGGCCCCACACCCAAACGUCCAUUCAUACCUGGGCCCAGUUCCCCCUCUAGUACCACCCAGUGCUCACUCUCAGCCUCUCUACCCCUCUGCCCCUCCCCCACCCGGUCACAGCCCAGGCCUGAGUCAGCAGAGCUCUUGUCCCAGUGGUCCUAACUCCUUCAGGCAGCAGCAGGUCCACUUCCUGAGGGGACAGAACACUGAGGCUCCCCAGUUUAGGGUGAGCCCCAGAGGAGGGGCGCAGAGCUUGGGUCGAGGGGGACCGAACGGACUCUACAACGAAUCAAACCAGGCCCAGGCAGGGUACAGCAGAUACUCCCAAAACAGCUGUAGGGGGAGAGGGGGAUACAGCAGCGAGCGAGGCAGAGGGAACGGUAGGGACUUUGGGUACCCGCCCAGUCAGGGACCCCCUAGAGGACCAACCGGCCCUAGAUUCUGGAACCAGAAGCAGACUUCAACACAAAAGCAAGGCUUCAACAGACAGUGGAGCCUUCAUGCAGACUGUGCUGACGGGCCGUCUUUCUCAGAAGGCUUUCAGAGUUUAUCCUUAGACAGAGAGAGGUCCUACAGAGGAAGAGUUGACCGAGGCGACAGCUUUGACAAAGCUUCUGUUGGUAGUAGUAAUAAUUCAAACAACAAGAGUGUCCCUACAUUUCAGCCACCCGACAUCCGAGAGCAAGUUUUGCAAGCCUUGGCAGAUUUGAGCCCCGGUGAGAAGCUACAAGCAAAGUGUUUGGCGAAAACGCUGCGGUUGCCCAAAAAGUUUAUCAACCAGGCCCUUUACGGGCUCGAGCGUGAUAAGAAAGCUUCAAAACACGGUGAAAGUCCUCCAGAGUGGACUGUCUACGUAGAACCACAGGAAGAACCGGAAAGUAGAGAUUCUGAUCCGGAAAGCCCACGUUCCCAACCAAGGGAACAUUCUGUGGAAAGGCCUUCGGAAGAAGAUUGCUCUCACUUCCUGCCUGUGAAGGAGGAGGAGGACGUUGUCAUCGAGGCUGAGAUCCAGCAAAUUGAAGCGCAGUGUCCUGAGGGCGACAAAGAAGAAGAUUACUACGUAGAAUCUGAUUCACACUCCUCUUCCUCAGAACCAUCUGAGUCAUAUCGGCAACAUUCCCAGUCCCAAACCCAACAACCCAGUAUCAACAGCAGCAGUAACGAAGAGCUUGACCUAGACCUUGACGAGAGCGACAUGGCGGACUGCGGCAGUAAUCAGAAGGAGUUGAUCCUGCAGUAUCUGCUGGAGGCCGGGGAGGCCACGGCCCUGGUGAUCUCCAAGAACCUGGGCCUGAGGGGCGCCAAGCAGGUCAACCCCACCCUAUACGCCAUGGAGAAGCAGGGCGACGUGAGCCGCAACGCAGAGGUGACCCCUCACAUCUGGGAGCUAUCUGUCCAUCGCAGGGAGAGGAUGGAGAGGAGCCUCAAGGCCGAGCGCAGCGCCCCUGCAAAGGUCGAAGGAGUGGGGUCCGGAUUCCAGGCGGUGCCACCCGGAUUGGAGUGUCUAGAGGCCAACGCUGAGGCGGAGGACGAGUCGAACGGAGGGCAGUGGGCGACCGACGAUAUCCCCGAAUUCCUCAACGCCAUCAGCCGGGAUGGAGGGGGGACAGUAGCAGUCUCCCUGGCAGCGCCCCCACCUCAGAACCUCCGUGCCAAACUCCAGGAGGUGAGGGCCAAGAACCCCGUCAGCGGCCUGAUGGAGUUUGCCCAGUACCAGGGACACAAUUGCGAGUUCCUGCUCCUCGACCAAUCAGGGCCCUCACAUGAUCCCAGAUUCCGUAUGCAGGUCAUGCUGGAUGGCAGGUUGUUUCCUGUUGCUGAGGCAUCUAAUAAAAAGGUGGCUAAGAAAGAUGCUGCCGCAGCAACCCUCAGGAUUCUGCUGCGUGAGAUAGAGGGGGGAGGGGCUGAGGAGGGGCUCACUGCAGGGGUGGACCAGGCCGUGGACCCCACCUCUGACGUCCCUGAGGUGGUGGAGGGUCCGCCCCAGGCCCUGUCCCGUUCCCUGCCGGGGGGUAAGAACCCCGUGUCCAUGCUGAUGGAAUACAGUCAGCGCACUGGAAACCCCAUCGAGUUCAUCAACACUGGACAGGAGGGCCCACCUCACGACCCACGGUUCAUGUUCAGGGUGAAGAUCGGGGAAAGCCUGUGUGCUGAGAGCUCAGCCCCCAGUAAGAAGGCUGCCAGGCAGCUGGCUGCAGAGGAGGCAGUCAAGGAGUUAAUGGCCGACGGGAGACUGCAGCUCAACAAGCCCCAGUUUCCCCUGUGUCUGUCUGGUGAUGAAGGGGGCUUCAUGCCCGCUUGCCCCUCCCUGCCCCCGCUGACAGAGGAGGAGCUGCGUUCUGCCCACGAGGCGGGGGUUGGUGACCUCAUCAGCCACCUAAACAACAACGCUGUGUCAGGUCUGCUGGAGUACGCCCGGGCCAGGGGCUUCGCUGCAGAGAUACGACUGGUUGGGCAGUCAGGACCACCGCACGAGCCCAAGUUUACCUACCAGGCUAAACUAGGGGGUCGCUGGUUCCCUCCUGUCUGUGCUUCUAAUAAGAAGCAAGGGAAACAGGAAGCAGCUGAUGCAGCUCUGAGGGUUCUGAUUGGAGAGGCAGAGAAGGCUGCCCGCACCGGGGAACUAACCCCUGCAGAGCUGCCACUGAGUGGUGGGACAAUCCAUGACCAGAUCGCCAUGUUGAGUCACCAGCGCUUCAACGCACUCACCACACGCAUACAGCACAGUCUUCUGGGAAGGAAGAUCCUCGCCACCAUCGUCAUGAAGAGGGGGGAAGGGCUGGGGACCGUGGUCAGUCUGGGAACAGGAAAUCGCUGUGUUAAAGGGGAGGAGCUGAGUCUUAAAGGGGACACCGUUAAUGACUGCCACGCAGAAAUCAUCUCCAGGAGAGGGUUUAUCAGGUUUCUAUAUGCUGAGUUGCUGAAGCACUGUGAAGGAUCAGAGGACAGCAUAUUUGUGCCAGCUGAGGAGAACAAGCUCCGGAUCAAACCUGACACCACUUUCCACCUCUAUAUCAGUACUGCUCCGUGCGGAGACGGGGCGUUGUUUGAUAAGUCGUGCAGCGAGGACGCGGGGGACGGCCAGGGCCACCAGCCCCUGUUUGAGAACGCCAAGCAGGGCAAGCUGCGCACCAAGGUGGAGAAUGGUGAGGGUACCAUCCCGGUAGAGUCAUCGACCAUCGUACCCACCUGGGACGGCAUCCAGCACGGCGAGCGUCUGAGGACCAUGAGCUGUAGCGACAAGAUCCUUCGCUGGAACGUCCUGGGUCUGCAGGGAGCCCUGCUCUCCCACUUCCUCCAUCCUAUCUACCUGGCUUCAAUCACCCUGGGCUACCUGUACAGCCAUGGCCACCUGACACGUGCUGUCUGCUGCCGAUUGGCCAGAGACGGCGAAGCCUUCUCCAAGAGUCUACCUGCUCCCUACACACUCAACCACCCCGAGGUGGGCAGGGUGAGUGUGUAUGAUUCGACGCGUCACACAGGGAAGACCAAGGAGUCCAGCGUGAACUGGAGCCAGCCAGACCACAUCACUGUGGAGGUGCUGGAUGGGACCAAGGGCAAACUGGACGGGUACGCACCCCGCACCACAACUAGAACCAGACCCUCAGACCUCAUCCACCCUCAUCCAGAUAGCAGCACCAGCCCCAAACUGGACGUGUCGCGAGUCUCCAAGUCCAACAUCUUCCGUCAAUUCCGGUCGUUAUGCCAACAGUGUGGGCGCCAGGACCUGCUGGCUCUCCCGUCUUACGCCCAAGCCAAGAUGGCCGCCAUGUCCUUCCAGGUCGCCAAGCAGCAGUUCUUUGAUGCGCUCGGUAGCCAUGGUUACGGAGCCUGGAUUGGCAAGCCAUUGGAGGAGAAGAGCUUUGACGAAGCGGCGGCCUCCGAUGGCCAAGGGGCAGGAAGUGUUGCUAAUAGCAACCAGGGAUACAACAACAACAAUAGCUAUGGAAGCACAACCACUGACUAUAACAGCAGCCAGUGGGGUAGUAGUGCGUACACACAGGCCAUGUAGAAAGGAGGGAGAGGGGAGGGUUGGCUAGAAGGACAUGAGCCUGGAGGACAGGGGGGGAAGGGAGGAGAGGAAAGAGGAGCUAACAGCAAGUACUGGAUCUUCUUGAAAGAAGAUCAGACAGAUUUUGAAAGGACAGAGUUACGGAGAUGGAGGGAGGGAAGGGGAUAACAGGCCAGCCCAAGGGGUGAGAGUCAGACAGCAGCAAGAGAGACGGAGAGAGAAGCGGUGGCUACUGCUACACAAAAGCAUCAGAAUAUAGAAAGAGAGGGGAGAAUAGGGGGUUAGUAAGCAUGAUGACUGUGAUGUAGUGACAUUCAGAGCUGCAUAGCAUGCACUACUGCUCCACUGUAACAGUAGCCCCAGGACACUCUAUCCUCACAUUUACAUACAGGACAAACCCUCCCUGCCCUCACGCACACAGCCCUGUCUCUCUAGUUCAGACACCCUACACCUGACCCUGUCCUACUCGCCAGCCAGCCAUUCAAUCACGCAUGACUAGUUUAAUCUGUACUUCUCAGCCUGAGCAUGGAUAGUAGUGAUCACACUUUAUAUAUAUAAACCAGCCUUGUAACGUUUAGCUAGUCCCCGACCUAGUAACCCACCCCUUUACACUGUUGUUAAUGCUAUGGCUACGUCUACAGGUCACAGCCUGGUCCAUCCCAUAACUCUCGACUGUAACAUAGAUUUGAUGACUAACUAGCCUAGAUCAUUCUUCUGUUAUUGUUGUGUCCUAUGUGGUGUGUAUCGCUAUUGUUCUUGAGGUUUUUUGGUGUUGUCACUCGAGGGCCACGUCAGGAAGGACAACGGUGACGUUGAGAACUGCUGAGAACAAGUAAAUCAGCUACUUGUUUUCAUUUUAGGAUUCAUGUUAGGGGGGGUCAAAGUUCAGGUUAGGAUAAGUGAUUACUCGUAGUUGUGAUAAAAAAAGAAAAGAAAGGCUUUGCACUCUUGUCCUUCCUAGCGUGGCCAGAAUGUGGCCGGCGGGUUUUAUGCGGACAGGGAGAAAGACUGGUUUGUUUUUAUGUUUUAGUUCAGUCUGAUCAAAUACAUUCAAGGGUGAAGCAAUAUAUACAUCAUGUACAUACAAAUACAUAAAUACACAGAUGUAUAUGCAAUAACAAUGUUUGUGUAGGGUAUGUAUAUAUCUCUGUGUGUGUAUGUAUAUGUAUAUAUUAUGUAUAUAUUUUGUAAGUCAUGCCUAAAAUUGAUUUUCUAUUGACUAUUUUUUUGAAACGUUUUAACAAGUGGAUGACAGAAAGCAUUUUGUUUUAUGUAUGAAAAUUCUAUCAAGUUUUAAGUGAUUAUAAAGACCGGCUUUGGAAAAGCUGAAA